CGAGAGGAAGCGGAGGUCGGAGGGAGGGGGAGUGACACAGUCGAGGCGGAGUUCGAGGGCAAUGGCGCAUCAGGUGGUUCGCGCGGCACUGCUUCUGUUGGUUAUCGUUGCGGUCGAGGCAAGCGCGCCGCCUCCACGCGGGGUGACUAUUGGUUAUGCCACCUACCAAGGUACUGGCUGCAAUUACUACAACUCCAAUCUGUUUCGGUCGGACGACUACACGACCGUCGGCUUCCUGUUGGAUGGGAUGGUUGCGGCCACAUCAUCACUUGCCGCCAGGAGGGCGAAUUGCGCCAUCUCGUUCAGUCUGCACGACCCGGGUGGCCGGAGCGUCGCCAUUACCAAGGCAACGGUCAGCGGGUUCGCUGACAUCAACCACGACUCCCGGGGCACCUACGAGGUUAAGUACUGCUUCGCGGGACAAACAGGUACGGCGACGAUCGAGCGCAAAAUCGAAGGUCCAUAUGUCGGCAGCUUCAAGUACACGGACGACUUCCUGACGGUUGUCUCGAGCGAGUGCAGCAACGCAGUUAACGUAUUAAACGUCAAGACGGUGGUGAGAGUGGACGGCCCGAAGGCUCUGAUGGGGAUGGACGGCAACGAUAACAAGUUCAAGAUCAGCUUAAACCUUCGAUGGAGUCGGUGUUCGUAAAAUUGAGACCCCCAUUCAGCAUCUCGCAAUGACGUUG